UCAGUCUAAGUCCCCGCCUGUUUUAGUUUGAGAAGGGUUCUGAACUCAGACAGACAAACAGGCUCCCCUCAGGAUCUCCCAACUAUAAUUGCAGGUCUUGACUCACAGACACCCCUGAACCUUUCUUGGUCUGGGGGAGAUCCUACGUGUUGUCAUGGAGAUGGUGUUCCCUCUGUCUCUCUUGUUGCUUCUCAUCCUCUCUGAGUGCUUCUGGAUCUCAAUAGCCACUACUGACUCCCAGGUCGCGGAUAUGGUGACUGUGUCAAGCUCUUUCUUGGAUCAGCACUCCUUGACUUCUCAGCCGCCCCUGGAAGCUGUAUCCUUGCCAGGCUCAGACUCAGAUACGACCCUCAUGUCCUCUACAGCCCUGGAUGCCACACUUUUGACGUCCUUGAUGACAGAGGCCAGGGAUAGCACUCCUACUGCUGAGGUGGCAUCCUCUACCACUUUUGAUUCUGGGCUGACCUCGGUGGAUAAGAAAGACCUUAGUAGCACCCAGGAACUGACUACACAUGUGGCUAUUCUGUCUACUAGUGUCAAGGCUGUAGUUGCUGCGGUAACGACUCCCUCCAUACCCCCUCCCUUUAAUGCCACUGGAGGGCAGGAAGGGAAUACCACCCUAGUCACUAAAGAAACAACCCCCUCCCAUGAGAUUUCAACGGGUAAGACCACCUCCACAAGUUACCCAGGGUCCCAGACCACUUCCACAUCUUCCCUCUCAUUGACCAGUGUCUCUCCUGCAAAAAAAUUGCAGGAUGGCAGUAACUCCGCGCUGGUGAUUCUGGUUGUGGUGAUUGUGGUGGCAACUCUCUUCGUAGUCCUGUUCUUUCUGUGGCGUCGGCGGCAGAGGAGGAGGACAGGGGCUCUGAUGCUUGUGGGAAAUGGGAAACAUAAAGGAGCUGGGGAUGCUUGGGCUGGACCAGUUCAGGGUGUAGAAGAGCAGGCUGCAUCUGGGUCAGCAGCAGGUGAAGGGGACACAAUGAACCCUGAAGGUGAGGGGACUGGUCGUAGGCCCACACUCACCACCUUCUUUGGCAAGCGGAAGUCUAGACAGGAUUCUGUGAUGCUGGAGGACCUGGAGGCCGGGGCAGCCACCAGCGACCUCAAAGUCGAGAGCGAACCCCUUGUGGAAAAAGUGGAUGAGGCUGUAAAGCCCCCUGAAGCUGACGGCUUAAGUGCUGAUGAGUCAGUAGUGGGAGAUGGGAAUUUGCCAUCGAGCCCCGUGACCAAUGUAUGAAAGGACCAGGAUCAUCCAUCAGUGAGCAUUUUUGAAGGCAUUCCAGGUAGUAUGAGAUGGAACCUUCCCUCAAGGAAUUUAACUUUCUCAUUCUUCAUAGACUCUUAAUCAUCUUAAUCUUUUUUUUUUUUUCAUCAUUAUUUCCAUCUCCUCUACCUGUGUCUUCUCCAUGGCCAUCAUCUUCCUCUUUAUAAUGGUCACUGAGUACUGCCUGGGAAACACGUGGUCUCGCCAGUAAAAUCCUGAUGCAGUGAAAUUUCCGGAGUGCCUCAUUUUUAAGAAAUAGAUAUUUUGACAAGCUCACUUCAUGGAUUUGCCCCACUCAUUCAAGUUCUACCACAGGAGCCACCGGCUGUGCUUCAGUUUAGGACACUCAUUCCCACGGGGGCACCGACACAUCUCUGAUAGAAUGCCUCCAUAGCUUCUCUAUUCACUCAUUCAACAGCCUAAUUAAUGACCUAAUUGAUGAUUUUAUUUCUAAUGAGGCUGACCCCGGGUUUAGCCCAAGCUUCAUAACCAGGUUCCAGCCUACCUCUUCAGAUAGUUCAUAUUACUACACUUCAUGCUCUCUGUGUCAGCCAGACUGACUGCCUUGUUCCUCAUCUCCACGUUUGUCCCUCCUGCCUGUAAUGGCCUUCUUCAACACUGACUUUUCAAAUCCAUGGUUUCUUGAAAGGCUUAAGUCAUAUGCCACUUCCUAUGUGAAGCUUUUUCUGAUCCUCAAAGCUAUCAGUGCUUCCUUGACUAGAGCCAAAUCCCCUUGUAUUUGUAUACAUAUUUUGUAUUUGCUCACAUGUGUAUCCAUUGUCUCCUUCGUUAGAAUGCAAGCUCAUUGAAAGCAGGAACUAUUUUAUUUUUAUCUGUGUAACCUUUGGGCCAGACAAAUAGUAGGGAUAGAGAAGGGAAUAUUGACCAGACCAAUGAUUUCAUUGGUUCAGAAAUUCUGAGAGAGGCUAUUGCCUCUGCAAAGCAGGUCAGUACUUUCUCUACAAAGUAUUACCUUACACAAUUGCCUGGAUGUUGAAUGACUUGCCUGAAUCACACAGGUAUAUGUGUCAUGGGUAGGAUUUAAACCCAAAUAUUCCUGGCUCUGAGAGCAGCUGUCUUUCAAAUGUGCUGUACUUUGCUGCCUCUCAGUAGUUCCUUAAUCUUUUUUUUUUUUUUUUUCCUGAGGCAAUUGGGGUUAAGGGACUUAUCCAGAGUCACACAGCUAGGAAGUGUUACAUGUUUGAGGUCAGAUUUGAACUCAGGUCCUCCUGACUUCAGGGCUGGUGCUCUACCCAUUGUACAACCUGGCUGCUCCCUUACUCUAUUUUUUAAAAAAUGCUUAAUUGAUAUUUAUAGGAACCACGGCAAUAAAGAGACCUUGGGCCUUGCUGAGUAUUCCCUAAGGGAUUCAGGGAUGUGGAAAUCCAAAUCAUACUGUCUCUGGACUGAAGGAUUUCUUCCCAAGAGCUCCCAGGGAUAUAAUAGGACAGGAUUGGGCACCAAGAACAAGUCUGGGAAGAUGGUGAAGUGGGGUAGUACAUGGAGAAUGUUUAUAAAGUAUCUGGAUGGAAUGGAUUAGGAAUGAGGUGAGCAUUACCUCUUACAACUGUAGAGAGGAGAGAGAAGAAUGGGUAUCUCUUCUUUGUGAUCCAAUAAAGAAUUCAAGAGUUUAUUAGGCAAAA